AACAACUCGAUAGCCAUGGACCCAGCCACCUUCGAAACCUUAACCCCAUCUCGCUUCAUCACUUUCACCUUCCCUCACCCCUUACGCCCCACCUCCCUUCUCCGAGUCGCCGUCCUCGACUCACAGCUCCAACCCCCCGACUCACCCCGAGUCGCCGCCAUGUUCGUCCCCGAGCACCGCGAACCGGACUGGAUCUUCUCCACCGAGUCGGGUCACCUCCAGCUCCUCCUCAGCGCUCCCGGCGUUUCACGCCUAAUCCUCGUCGGAAACCCACCCGUCAACGAUCAUUGUUUGCCAACGAUUUUCCGCCGCCCGAUCAACAACAGUCCCCACGGCCUCGAGGUGAGCUUGAAACCUCUUUUGCUUGCGUUGUCUCCUAAAUCUUUGUUCAAAAAUGGAAUUCCUGAGAUACCCAUUUUGAGAUACGAGGAUAAUGUGGUUUGUAGUGUGGUAUUAGAGCAUUGUGUUGGGUCUUUCGCGGGUGAAAUGUUGGUUGAGGAUGUGGAAAUUGAGAGUGGUAGUAGUGAGAUGGGUGAGUGUUCGAAGAGGGAGUUUCGGAGGCGAUUGAGGUUCAAGAGGAUGCCAAAUUUGAUUCAGACUGAGAUACGUGUUGUUCCAGAGGAAGAUUUUGGUUCUGAUCAUGUGGGAGUUGGAAAGGUUGAUUUCAAACCGGAUAUUGAUGUUUUGGUGCAUCCUUAUCUGGCGCCAAUGGUGGCCGGUCUUUCUUCGAUCAGUAGUUGUAUUGAGGAACGGAUUCGAAGUGGAUUUAGGCCGAAAGCGUUGUGUAUUGGUGUGGGGGGUGGGGCUUUGCUUGCUUUUCUGAAAUCCCAAUUGGGUUUUGAGGUCGUGGGGGUGGAGGCUGAUGAAGAGGUUUUGAGGGUUGCACGGCGGUUUUUUGCUUUGGAUGGUAAUGAUUCUAUCCGGGUUAUUGUUGGAGAUGCAAUAAAUGUUAUAGAGAAACUUGCAUAUCGUGCAAAUGGGCACAAUUUGUGUUCUUUUGGUGUUAAUGAGGCAGAGAAUGGUAAUUGCUUGUAUGAUAGCAAUGAUAUCAAUAACAAAUUUGAUGCUAUUAUGGUCGAUUUGGAUUCGAGCGAUGCAAGUAGUGGUACAGUUGCUCCACCUUUGGAAUUUGUAAGGAAGCAUGUUCUUUUGGCUGCUAAAUUGGUUCUUUGUGAUUUUGGUGUUCUCGCUAUAAAUGUCAUUUCUCCAAAUAGGUCUUUCUAUGAGAAAUUGAUACAUGAUUUGCGGGAGGUUUUUCAUGAUCUGUACGAGAUAGACAUAGGAAAUGGGGAGAAUUUUGUUCUAGUUGCCACAAUGUCAGCUACUAUGUCUUCCAUUAGUGAUUGUGAUAAUUCUUUUCUAAUUAGACUGAGAUUGGUUGUUUCAGGAGUAUACAUGGAUUCCCUAAGGAAGAUUUGAGACAAAGUGGUCCAUGGAAGUUGAGGAAUAUAAUUUUUCGAUGUUGACUCUGUUAUUUUUAGGUUUGCAAAUCCUUAGGGAAUAUGAAAAAAAGAAAAAUUAUGUACAAACUCUUUCUUUUACACUCCAAGCAUUUACUCCAUAAUGUGGCAGCAUUUACUCCAUAAUGCGGCAGUUGCAGAAAGAGAGUAAGGGGAUGGGGCCGGAUGGGAUUAAAAAAUAUUGUGGUGGAAAGAUGAUGUGGCAACUGUCACAUUAGGUAGUAAACACUCAGGAGUGUAAAAUAGAGAGUUUGUAUAGCAUUUAUCUUGACAAAAAACCAGAGCUUUGCCCCCGAACCCGGUUCCAAAUGAUUUGCCAUGUUAAUAAGCCUUGUUAGUGCCGUGGGAUGAUGAUGAGAAUAGAAAUCAGUAAAAAGACCGAAAAGAAGAAAUGGCAGUAGAAAUUUUAAGAAUUAUGGUUCAAUGAAUGAAUAUAUUGUAGAACCACAAGGGGACCUGCUGUAUGGGGAAAAUUGAUAUAUACUCCCUUCAAGAUACUCAUCAGAAAGACAAAAGAUACUCUGGAGUUACCUUCAUUCCUGUGGCUUUAGUAGGAAGAAAAUUAUGGUCGCCAGGCACACAGAGAUUGAUGAUUUGAAGGAUUUGGAAGGAACGGUGAUCUUCCGAAGCCUUUUGAGGCCGUUUAAGGCACUUCUGUCUGUAUUUUAGUUGGCUGGAGAAAUGUACCAGAUCCCAUGAGAGUCUUUCAAGCUAAGCUCAGUUUCAUCAUAUCUUUGUUUCUUCAAGUUAUUAUUAUUUAUCUAUGUUUCUUUCAAGCUAAGCUCAGUUUAUGUGGAAUGAUGUGAUUGAGAAGAUAGAGCAUCAAAUGGCAGGUUGGAAGAGGAUGUACCUUUCUAAAGGAGGCCGUUUAACUCUCAUCAAGAGUACGCUGUCUAAUCUACCGACUUACCUUUUGUCUCUGUUUUCGAUUCCCAUGAGUGUAGUUAAAAGGUUUGAGAAAGUCCAAAGAGAUUUCUUGUGGGGAGGGAUGGGAGAUGAGUCUGAGGUGUAUCUUGUAAAUUGGAACCAAGCUUGUCAUCCCCUGCACUACGGUGGUCUUGGCAUUCGAAAGUUGCAUCAGUUUAAUCAAGCUCUUCUGGGGAAAUGGCUUUGGAGAUAUGCGAAUGAGAGUGAGGCUCUUUGGUGCAAGGUUAUCAAAGCUAAGUAUGAAGACCAGGAAGGUGGGUGGUGCACGAAAGAGGUUUUGGGUUCUCAUGGUAUGGGAUUAUGGAAACUUUGCCAAAGGCAUUCGGUUUGAGGUGGGGGUGGGGUCGAAAGUUCGUUUCUGGCAUGAUAUUUGGUGUGGAGAAAAUUCUUUGAAGCAAGACUUCCCGUCUUUGUUCAGCGUCGCUAGACACAAAGAAGCUUGGGUGAAGGAUAAUUUUACUUGGAGGAAUGGGGUUGUAGAGUGGAUUGUAAUUUUUGUGCGUCCCAUUCAGGACUAGAAGGUGGAUUUGGUUGCUCCUUUUUUUUGAUCGGUUGUACUCUUGCAAGAUCCCUAUAGGUAUAGUGGAUCGUAUUUGUUGGACCUUGUCUAAGAAAGGCAAGUUCGAGGUUAAGUCGCUCUUCAAGGCCUUGUCUAAUUUUGACUAUGAUGUGUUUCCUUGGAAGAGUAUUUGGCGCACAAAGGUGCCUGUGGGAGUGGCUUUUUUCGGGUGGACCGUGGCCCUAGGCAAAAUUUUGACUCAUGAUAAUCUGCGUAAGAGGAACCUUGUGGUGGUGGAGUGAUGUUGUAUGUGCAAGAAGACAGGAGAGUUAGUAGAUCAUCUUCUUCUUCACUGCGAAACCGCAAGAACCCUUUGGCAUACUAUUUUUAGUCGGUUUGAGUUGCAUUGGGUUACGCCUUGCAGAGUGAGGGAUUUGUUCGAUUGUUGGUGGUUGGGAGGACGUGCUCGAAACGCGGUAGUAUGGAAGAUGAUCCCUUUAUGUCUUAUGUGGUGUAUAUGGAUUGAAAGAAAUGCUAGAUGUUUUGAGGACUCUACUAGGACUAUAGAGGAACUGAUUUAUCUUUUCUUCUUUA